CGCCCCUCGUUCGCUCUCGGUGGCUCCGGCGAUGGGGAUGGUGUCGGAGGUCGGGACGGGCGGCGGCGGCGAUGGUGGUGGUGGUUGUUGUUGUUGUGCUGGGUCCCGGCCGUGAGGGAGAGCGAGCGACGGCGGCCGCUGAUCCUGAGGUGUUGAACUGUGGGAUUCUCUGCUUUCGAACGCUGUGGAGGAAGAUUUCAAAGUACCGAGAUCAAGGUAUGGGGAGAGAGUGCGGACAUGGUACUGAGAGAGGAUUAGCUCGAUCAUGUUGAAUAGGGGAGCAGGUGUUCCCACAUAGGAGCUGUGAAGGGGUAAGGUGGUGGGGGCCGCGAGUGAGGGGCACCGAGUGACCGUGCGCUCUCCCCUCCCGCAGGGGUCCGAUGACGUUGGAGAGGGGGCGAUGGCCACGCUCAGUCGACAGGAGUUCUUCCACCAGUUGGUGCAGGGCUGCGUCCUCCCCACUGCCCAGCAGGGCCUUGAGCAGGUCUGGCAACUUCUCCUCAUCUGCCUGGGAUGCCGGGUGCUGUGGAGACUGGGUCUGCCCCCCUGGGUGAAGCACUUGAGCACGGUGGCUGGAGGGUUUUACUGCCUGCACCACUUCUUUCAGCUUCAGAUGGUGUGGGUGGUGCUGCUGAGCCUGAUGUGUUACACUGUGCUCUUCCUGUGUCGCCACUUGCAGCAUAAAGGAGUCUUUCUGUCCGUCACCAUCCUCAUCUACCUGCUCCUGGGGGAGAUGCACAUGGUGGACACCAUCAGUUGGCACAAAAUGCGAGGGGCGCAGAUGAUCGUGGCCAUGAAGGCCAUCUCGCUGGGCUUCGAUCUGGACCAGGGCGCCGUGGAGGGGAUGCCGUCCCCGGUCGAGUUCAUGGGCUACAUCUACUUCGUGGGCACGGUGAUCUUCGGGCCCUGGAUCAGCUUCAACAGCUACCUGCAGUCGGUGGAGGGCAGGAGGAUGAGCUUUGCUUGGUUCCACAAGGUGUCACUCAGUCUGGUGAAGAGCCUGCUCUGCCUGGUCGCCUCUACCUGUGUGGCCCCGUACCUCUUCCCCUACUUUAUCCCCAUCUACGGGGACCGGCUCCUCAAACGUAGGAAGAAGCGCAAGAUCAGAGGAUCCGUACUGAGGUGGCUGCGGGCGUACGAGAACGCCGUCUCCUUCCACUUCAGUAACUACUUCGUCGGCUUCCUGUCAGAGGGCACCAGCACCCUGGCCGGAGCCGGCUUCAGCCUGCAGAAGGAGCAACUCAGAUGGGACCUGGUGGUCUCCCGCCCCUGGAACGUGGAGCUGCCCCGCUCCAUGGUAGAGGUGGUGACGAGCUGGAAUGUGCCCAUGUCCCGCUGGCUGAACACCUAUGUGUUUAAGAGUGCGCUGACGCUGGGAAGGUUCCCUGCCAUCUUGGUCACCUACACCGCCAGUGCUUUGUUGCACGGCCUCAGAUUCCACCUUGGGGCAGUCCUCCUGUCGCUGGGAUUUAUCACGUACGUGGAGCACGUUCUGCGAACGAAACUGGCGGCCGUCCUGAGCGCCUGCGUGCUGUCCCGGAGGUGUCCGGCGGCAUGUUCCCACCGCAAUAAAUCGAAUCUCCUGGUCCGGAUCAUCAACCUCCUCUUUGGGUUCCUCAGCAUCUUCUACCUCACCUACCUGGGAUCGUUCUUCGACAUUGACGUAGAGGAUGAGGUGGAGGAGGAGGGAUACGGGAUGUCCUUCACCAUCCAGAGGUGGAAGGAGCUGCACUGGAGCGGACACUGGCUCACGUUUGCACUCUGGGUCUUCUAUCGCCUCCUGGGCUGACGACCCCCCCCCCCCCACCCCCACCCCCGGGACCCGGAUACUGGAGGAUUCCGGGGAACAGGCCUCGUUGUUCGUCAAACUCCCUCUUUCCCCCACCCCCCUCCCGGGAAUAGAACCCCACCCCAACCAUUCCUACGGACAGCAUCCUGGUUCCCGAUUGGGAUUCCCUCACUCUCUCUCUCUGUCUCUCUCUUUGUCUCUCUCAAAUCAAGGAGGAGCUGGGAAGGGAAAAAAUUCAGGUUCUCCCCACUGCCCCGGGAAUUAUGAUUAUAUGUACCCCCCCCCCCCCCCCAACGUCAAACAUCCCUCCCCCUCCUCAAAUCUGUACCGAGGGACACACCAUGGUCACUCCUUCCAGACAGGUCUGCUGAAUCCGGUCCUGAGACCGUCAGAUAUCGGAACAGAAUCAGGCCAUUCGGCCCAUCGAAUCUGCUCCACCAUUCAACAUGGCCGAUGGUAUUUUUUUCCCCAACCCCAUUCUCCUGCAGUCUCCCUGUAACCCUUAAACCCCCCCACCAAUCAAGAACCUAUCGAUCUCUGCCUUAAAUACUUGGCCACAAAUCCCACAGGUUCACCACCCUACGGCUGAAGAAAUUCCUCCUCAUUCCAGUUCUAAAGGGACGUCCCUUCAUUCCGGGGCUGUGCCCUCGGAUCCCGGACUCUCCCGCCGAUGGAGACACCCUCCCCGCGUCCGCUCUGUCCAGGCCUUUUCACUCUCACCUUGCCUCUGCUUCCCUAUCCGGGCCCCUCAAUCUUUGACCCCACCCUUCAGUCUGUUCCCGAUUUGGACUCUGCAGCUCUCUCCGGGGGUGGAGGAGAGAAUUGCAAUGAUUCGCCUCCCUCCAAGAGAAUUAAUCCCUCUCCUGUCCCCAUCUGAGGUUGGCAACCCCUUAGACACAGAGAGAGAGAGAGAGAGAGAGAGAGAGAGAGAGACACACACAGAGAAAAAGAGAGAGACACACAGAGACACACACACACACAGAAAGAGAGAGAGAGAGACACACACACAGAGAAAAAGAGAGACACACACAGAGACACAGACACAGAAAGAGAGAGAGACACACACAGAGAAAAAGAGAGAGACACACACAGAGACACACACACAGAAAGACAGACACAGAGAGAGAGAGACACACACAGAAAAAGAGAGAGACACACAGACAGAGAGAGAGAGACACACAGAGAAGAGAGAGACACACACAGAGACACACACACACAGAGACACAAUGAGAGAGAGAGACACACAGAGAAAAAGAGAGAGACACACACAGACACAGACACAGAAAGAGAGAGAGAGAGACACACAGAGAAAAAGAGAGACACACACAGACACACACACAGACACAGAAAGAGAGAGAGAGACACACACAGAGACACACACACAGACAGACACAGAAAGAGAGAGAGACACACACACAGAGACACACACACAGACAGAGAGAGACACACACACAGAAAAAGAGAGAGAGACACACACACAGACAGACAAAGAGAGAGAGAGACACACACACAGAGAAAAAGAGAGACACACACACACACACAGACAGACACAGAGAGAGAGAGAGAGACAGGAGACACACAGAAGCACUAAAUUAAACCCAGUGUGUGGGUGAGGGGGCAGAAUCCAGGGCAGAGGGGACGGGAAUUGAUUGGGGGACAUCAAAUGUAAAUGGCUGGUCGAUGCCCAACACGGGAGUCAAUGGGCCGAAGGUCCUGUUUUCAUGCUGUGGGUGCAGGGUGGGUGUCCCACCCUCGGUCGAGGAAUUUGGGAACACAUUCUAGGCUGGCGGCGGGCUUGGAGUGAGGGCAGGGAUUUCUGGAACACCGUCCCCAAAAUCCGAGGGCGGAGAUUAAUCCGUGGAGGGAGAGCAGGGGGUUGGGACGGGGAGGUGGUGCUGAGGUUGGGGGGGGGGGGGGGGGUGGUGGUAUGGGGAGGAAUCAGCUGUGAAUGGGGAGGGCCGGCAGGUUUGAGUCUCGGCCAUUGGGACGGGGUCUAAAAUGGACACAGUGGGGCGUAGAAAUCCCGGAUUUAGUUAAUCAACCGGAUUCAAAUUUCCCUCCCCACCCCCCCCCUCCCCCGCCUGCCGCUGGCAGGAAUCAGACUUGCUUCCCUCCCAGAUCAGGGUUGCGACAGGGUCCCAUGGGGGUGGGGGGGGGUACUGGCACUCUCAAACCCCCUCGACCUGGGGUGGGGAGGGUUACUGGCACACACACCCCUCGAUCUGGGGUGCUUGGGGGUAGAGGGGAAGAGAGACAGGAACCUUCAAGCCUCAAGGAUGGGACAGGGUUGGGUUAAAUCCUGCCCGUGUUCUGCGCCCCUUUUCUAGAGGGGCAAUGCUGGGUUUUAAAGGGUUAACCCUCCGAGGGUUGAAGCCAGGGUGCGUUUUUUUUGUGUGUGUGGGAGGGGGGUUAACUGGAUCAGUCAGGCUUCACCACCGACGCGUCUGUUUCUGGGACACGGGGAGAUUGGUAGCUGGGGUCGGUGCUCAGUUCGGGAGGGGGUUGAACCCCUUUUUUUAAACACACACACACACACACACACACACACACACACACACCCCCCAAAGUCAGGAGAAAGCCCCUCCUCUAUCCCGCUGGGAAUACCCUCCUCCCCUUCCACUGCUCCCGUCUCCUCCAAGUGUCGGGAAUCCUCCUCUUGUGUUUCCCUCUCUCUCCCUCUAGGAGAUUUCCAUUCCUUCCCCGUCCCCAACAGGUCGAGCCACCGCUGGGAAUGUCAUCCUGUUACUCUGCGAUGCUGUCGGUGUAUUUAUAUUCCAAUAUAUACGAGCUGUUUGGA